AUGGAAGUAACAAGCGCCAACUUCUCGGAGUAUCUUCCGUUCAUCUUGCACGACAUCUCCGCUAGCUGUUUUGUCAGCCUGGACUUUGAGCUGUCUGGCGUGGCCUUUGCGCCAUUCAUACCAACCAAGCCUCAAACAAUCCAGCAGCGGUACGAGCAAACCAAGGCAGCAGCAGAACAGUAUCAGAUCUUGCAAGUUGGGCUCACGAUUUGCCAUGAGAACCAGGAAACUGCCUCAUAUAGUCUCAAGCCAUACAACUUCAAUCUGAACCCCAUCCCACACCAUGAGUCCGAGGUCAAUCGCGACUGGGCAUCUAGCAGCCGGGCCAUGGAGUUUCUCCUCAAACACGGAUUUAGCAUGGAUAGUCUGUGUGAGCAUGGCAUCCAGUACCUGUCUCGUGCGGAGGAGCAACUGGCAUUGGCAAGAGCCAAAGAAAGAUGCAGCCAGACCCCUCGACAAGACAUGGGCAUCAAGGACGAUGACUAUGAGUCUCUCGAAUUUCUCGCCAAUGUUCGAGCCAUGAUCACCAACUGGCUGGCGCAGGGAAAGGACCGGUCUCAAUGGCUGAACGUUCCCCCGCCGAGUGAAGUCAAACCACUGGGCAGUGCACCUGAAGGACUCAACGGCAUGCAGAAAUGGCUUGUACACCAACUGAUCACCCAGGAAUUCCCCAAUCUGCGGUCCAGAAAUACCUUCAACUUUAUUCAAAUCUAUGUUACGGACAUUGAAUGCGAGCGAGUGGCCCAAGACCAGAAGCUGAAGACCAAGAAGGCACAGCUCCAGAAGCACAUCGGGUUCCGCUGGAUUGCAGAGUCACUUGUUGGUGGUAAUCUGGAGGGGCUUGAUGCAGAGAUGUUCAAGCCUUUGAAGCGAAAAAUCGACAAUCCAGCUUUUGGCAUUAACGAACUGGCAGAGAGGGUAAAGCAAUGCCUCCAGGAGAACAGACCUGUUCUUGUCGGCCACAACAUGUUCUGUGAUCUGCUCUUUUUCCAUGCAUGCUUCCUGGGUCCACUGCCUGAUACUAUCGAAGAGUUCAAGACCGCCAUCCACCAAUUGUUCCCUGUGCUUGUUGAUACUAAAUAUCUGGAUACUCAUGAUUGCGGCUCUAUCAAUCCCGCGUCUUCGCUGACCGAUUUGCAGGCCAAGUUGACGGAUGUGAACAGCCCCAAGAUAGAGAUUGACCGUCGUUUCUCGAAGUACAAGUGGCGCACUGUGAACCAUGAAGCAGGGUACGACAGCAUGAUUUCCGCCAUGGCCUUUCUCAAACUGGCAGGCCAGAUCCAGCGCGGGUCUCUAACUAUCCCGCUCCAGAAAGACAGCAUGUCGGACAGCCUAGAGAAACAAGUUGCGAAGAGCGAAUUCAGUGAUCUCUUUAACAUGAACACUGAGACCUUUCCUGUCGUGCAGGCGUCGAACCUUGUCCGGCCUCCCAGGUCCCUUGCGGACACUGGAUGCCCCAAAACUCAGUUCAUAGCCAGCAAGCGCGUCUUGUUGCCUCGUCUGGGCAGUAGUUUCUGGGAUGAGUACGGGAACAGACUACGGGUGUUUGGCACUGUAGAGAGGAUGGUGCGGCUAGGAGGCAAGGUCACUAAGGAGAGUCAUCUAAUGGACAUGGACUAA